AUGGCCACUGAAACAAUUCUGUACCAAAAUGACAUCGUUGCCAACUCCAACGACUUCACUGCCACAACCAAGAAACCGCAGGAGAGUGAUUGUCACCGCCAAAAGCAGAAGAAGAAGAACAAGGCAUCUGACGAAGAAAGUGACGAUUGCAAAAAUUUUGUUGUUAAUUUUCUUCAAUUGGAGCUUGUUGAACAAAUUGAAAUUGAGUACGUACUAGAGAAGGCAGAGUUAGUUAAAGGCAUGGAUGAAGAAUUUAGAAAAAUCUUUGAUAAAUUUACUUUCACUGAUGCCAUUGCUUUGGAGGAUACUAACAAGAAGGAUGGUUUAGAAGAAAAUGCAGCUACUAAUAAGAAGGUAGAUCUUGAUUCUAAAGAGGAAGAAAAUGAUAAUGAGCAAAAAGAGAAAGACGUGUGGGAUGCUAUUGCAUCAUACCCAAAGUUGUUGGUGUUCUUGAAGUCUUAUAGGAAUAAUAUACCUAUACCUAGGCAUUGGUGUCAGAAGAGAAAAUUUGUACAGGGUAGACGAGGUAUAGAGAAACCACCCUUUCAACUUCCUGAUUUCAUUGCUGCCACUGGAAUUAAGAAAAUCAGUCAGUUAUCACAGACUCAGGUUGGUGCGGAGAGGCAAACUAACGAGCACGACGAUGCAACCAGCUAUCAUAGGAACAAUUAUGAUAGAGUGACGAUGGCAAGUGCGAUGAACCAGCUGCAACUGAGGCACUGUGCAUUUGGGUCGAGUGAGACUCUAAAAAGAGGGCACGAGCUGAGAAUAUAUCAAAAGGCAAAAUUCGUUACAUUCAAAGGUGGUUUUCGAAAACCGUCUUUGAAUACUCAAUUUCAAUGA